AUGAGCCCCCUGUUUUGGUUUCCCUUGCCAUCUCUACAAGUUGGCAUUUGUUUGAUUUGUGUUUGUUUCUUUAGUUACGCUUCAUUUCUAGAUUGUGGGGUUGACAAGGGGAGGGAAUUUUUCUUGAUCCGGUUGAUGGAGUAGUGUCUGGGAUAUUGAGAUCCAAUUUUUUUUAUUGAUGGGAGGUCUUGCAUGUUAGCGAUGGUAUAUUAGAAAGUCACCACUAUGUUCGAUAAUCCAACCCUUUUUAGUUACUAUCGCCAUGAGCUCUUUCAUGUCGCAUGCUUGAAUCUGGUUAUUUCCUGAAGCUGAGAGAUCUUCAUAUUGCACACUUGUGCAAAUGUUUUGGUUUCUUAGUAUGUUUUGUUCGAUAUUGUUGAGUUGGUUUAAAGGGUUGUCGGUUUAAUUUGAAUUUGGUUUCAAUAGAUUUAAUUUGGUUUGAAAACGUUCAUGUACACAAUAAAUUAAGAAGUAGGUAUCUUUACUGAAAAUAUUUUCGAUAGACUUUUUACUCUCGUUUUUUUUCUAUUUUAUAAGUCUCUUUCAAAGAUCAUGUAGGAUCUAAGAAACUCUACUUAUCUGGGUGAAGUAAGGUCUCAAGAAGUUCGUAAUUAUAUAUAAAACUCCUUUUUACGCUUCCAAUAAAUUUUCACUUCCCUAGCCAACUUUCCAAAACAAGCCUUAAUCUUUGUGGGCCGAAUGAUUGGGACUAUUAUCAGAAAAAUGAGGCCCGGUUUACGAGUGAUCCUCGCCUUCAGAAACCCCACAAUACAGCCGAUGCUUGGAAACGGUGAAGCAAAGACAGCCCGCUUAAUCGUGAUUCCUCAUUAUCCCAUACGAAGGCAACUAUGGCGCCAGGUCCUGUUGUUGAGGCUGAGGCCGCCAAUCCUGAAUUAGCUGAGCAGAUCUCUUCCAUUGAAGAGCAGACCCAGCAGAAGUUCAAACUCGACGAUGAGCCUAUUGUAGAGGACGUGAAGGAGGACGACGAAGACGACGAGGACGACGAGAACGAUGAUAAGGAUGAUGGAACCCCAGGGGAAUAUGGGAGUUCUAAACAGAGCAGAAGUGAAAAGAAGAGUCGCAAGGCAAUGUUAAAGCUGGGAAUGAAACCUGUUACUGGUGUUAGUCGGAUAACCAUCAAGAGAACAAAAAAUAUACUAUUUUUUAUAUCAAAACCAGAUGUUUUUAAGAGCCCCAACUCUGAGACGUAUGUCAUAUUUGGGGAGGCUAAGAUAGAGGAUUUGAGUUCUCAGCUGCAGACACAAGCUGCCCAACAGUUUAGGAUGCCAGACAUGGCAUCUGUGCUUCCAAAAUCAGAUAUUUCUGGUGCAGCUGCUGCUUCACAGGCAGACGAAGAAGAGGAAGAAGUUGAUGAGACUGGGGUUGAGCCUCGAGAUAUUGAUCUAGUUAUGACACAAGCAGGAGUAUCAAGGAGUAGGGCUGUGAAGGCUCUCAAGUCGCAUAAUGGAGACAUUGUUAGUGCUAUUAUGGAGCUCACUACUUGAGUGGUUUCUGGCAGGUUCAUGUUUUAUUUUACCAAGUAGGUUUAAGUUGAUGAGAUAUUGAGUUAAUUCAGAUCGCUUCACCAAUCUUCAGGUGGUUGAAUUGUCUGCUGUCUAUGUCAAAGUUGAGAAUUCUAUUGCAGUGCAGUUAUUGAGCGGUAAAAUAGCAUUUUUUAAAAAAAUUUCUUUUUAUAACA